AUGACAAUUACGAAAAGUGAGCAGCUUAAGCAAUGUCAACAAGAAAAGAGAUGUAAGAAUUUUUAUAACAACUUUGAUCUAAAUGUAACUGCUCAAGAGCUGGAGGAAGAGACAGAUUUGCAGUGCGAGUUAAUAGAAAAUCACUAUAGCCAGUAUCGCGAGAAGCAUGUAGAUAACCAGAGCAUGGGAAAUGAUAAACAUGAAGAAUUGGUACCUCGGGCAAAGACUUUUGAGGGAUCCGUUGAUCACUUGUUGAUUCUAGCCCAAUCUGCUGAGAUACUAGCUACACAGUCUGAAGAUAGUGUGCCUAACACACAUACAGACAACCAAAAUCAAGAUCAGGCGUGCUCUCAAGAUCUACUUGAUAGAUUGUCGUCAGGAACCCGAUUAACUCAAAUACGGAAGCAAGCUAGAUGUAAAUAUCUUAUAUCCGGUCAAGAUGCAGAUGAGGAUAACCAAUGCAAACACUUACAAAGAAAAACAAUCCGUCUGAGCAAAAUAAAGCAUCAAGCUAGAUGUAAAAGCAAGAAUGAUUUGUCAUCACCACAAAUGAUCACUGGACUGAGAAACGAGCAGCAACAAGGAAAGAUACUACGACUAAGUCAGAUGAAACACCAAGCUCGUUCCAAAAACAACGCAUUGGUGAAAGAAGGAACAGAGGAACACAUGUGCAUAAGUCAACAUUCCAACAGAUAUAGAGUGAUGCAGGAUAGUGAAAAUCACAAGGAAUGUCAACGUGAUGCGAAGCGAUUAAGAUCAUUCAAGACUAAAAAACCCAGGCAAAAGUUAAGGACGGAGUGUGUAAAAAAUUCUGCCGGUACAAGAUUGCAAGAUGGUGCAAUUUUGCCAAAACAUAAAGAUCUAAUCCGUUGUCGACAAGAGCUACCUCAAACUUCUGGAUAUACUGAAAAUUUAGAAGCAAAUUUUCGCAUAAAUAAACUUCAAGGACAUCAUGGUUCCAAUGAAUCGUCAGAGCUCAUAUACAAAUCUCUUCAAUGUGUUCCAAACAGGCUUCCGGUGCAAAACAAUGUACUUUUGUUCACCGGAUUACCAAAUUACUCAUUUCAGUUAUACGAUCCAAAUUUUGGGACGAUGCUGUACAUGAAUCAUGUGCAACUCAAGGAAUAUCACCGUGUUAUUUCGCGCCAGCAUAGAGCAGAGCGUAUCAAAGAGCUAAGGGCGUUGAAGUAUAAGCAACAAAAAUCAAAGAAUCGUGUACCAGAAACAAAUUGGAAGGCACAAAACGAAAAUCUACCUGUAAAAAGACUACGCUUAACUCAACUGAGACGUGAAGUUCGUAUAGGGAAUCAAUGUUCUGUCAUGCAAGGACUUGGUAAAAAUUAG